AUGACUUCGAUGAUCAAAUACAUCCUCCAAGUAUUCCUGAGCAUCGCUACCAUCUGCAGUGGUGUUAAAGCACAGGGUCUAAAUCCGGAUAGGGGUGUAAAUUUCCACCUCCGUGCCAUGUGCGCCCCUUACCAGCUCGAAGUCGCCAAGAGUGGUCACUCGUGCAACAGUCAGGUGAUCGACGAGGUGCAUGACUACGCUGAGAAUGUGCACCUUGAGGGUUACAACCGGGAAUUGGUGGAGGAGUACCUGAACUUCGCCAAAACGGGCCAGCUUUGCUACGGAGAAGGACUGACGAUCUACAAGGUCGUUGGCGAUUGUGACUGCAUGUCAAAGGUCUGCGACCGCUAUAACCCCAAGAAAGUGGACUACUGUAAAAGUAAGUCGAAAUGAGAUGGUCUGACAAUUUUGCUCCGACGAGAACAAUUGCUCCGGACU